GUAUUCGGCAUCAACUACAAAAAUCAACGGACAAUUGUAGAUUUUACUUUAAAACAUUAUGUCACAUAUACCUACUGAUAAUUGGUUUGACGGCCCUGUCAACGAAGCAUCCCCUACCCUACCGAAUAACAUGAGUGUUCACACCGACGAUCCCCACUGCUGCUUCCACCGCCGCCGACCUCGAGAUAGCCGAGGAGCAGCCGCAGCUCCGAAGCAAACGACGCCGCACUCUACGCUCGGUCGUUCACGGAUUCGGAGUGCUCGUUUCUCCGUUCCGACUAGUGUGAUCGGCGUGCAUCUGUGUUCCUGCAAAUUCACACGAAAGUAUUGUCGGUGAAAAUCAGUGCGCUUAGAGGAGUUGAGAUAAGGAUGUGGCGAGAACCACCAGGCGGGGGGUGUAAGACAUCCACCCAUGUCAUCGCUAUGCUCCUGUUAGCUGUCCUGGCAUUGACAACCGUUGUUUUGGCUGAAGAUGAAUCUAUGGGACCGGUGUUUGUCAAGGAACCUCCGAACCGAGUUGAUUUCUCAAAUGGAACUGGAGCUGUGGUUGAAUGCCAGGCGAGAGGAAAUCCUCAACCGGAUAUCAUUUGGGUGCGAGCCGACGGAACCGCCGUAGGAGAUGUUCCCGGACUGAGACAGGUUCUGCCGAACGGAAAUUUGGUGUUCCCUCCUUUCCGCGCCGAGGAUUAUCGUCAGGAAGUUCAUGCUCAGGUCUACAGCUGUUUGGCACGUUCCCCUGCGGGUUCGGUUCACAGCCGUGAUGUCAACGUGAGAGCUGUCGUCACUCAACCUUACAAUCCGGAGAUCUUGACCGAAUACGUUAUAAGAGGAAACAGUGCGAUCUUAAAAUGCAGCAUCCCCAGUUAUAUCGCAGAAUUUGUUACUGUCGAGGCGUGGAUUCGCGAAGAUGGAGAGGUCUACCUUCAGGAGGAUCCUGCGCUCGGGCAGGAUGGAAAAUACUUGGUACUACCAUCUGGAGAACUGCACAUCAGAGACGUCGGACCCGAAGAUGGAUACAAGACUUACCAAUGUCGCACGAAGCACAGACUCACAGGUGAAACUAGGUUAUCCGCUACGAAGGGACGUCUCGUCAUUACUGAACCGCGGGGCAGCGUACGUCCAAACGUACGAGACAAAGAUGUGAACGGAUUGAGGAAGGACAUCCUAGUCGAACGAAUGGUCGGUCUAUCGUGUCCCGUUCAGAGUUUCCCAGCUCCUGCAUUCAGAUGGUACAAGUUUAUCGAAGGGACGUCAAGACGUCAACCGGUCCAGUUGAAUGAGCGCGUACGUCAAGUUAGCGGCACUCUAAUAAUCCGUGAGGCACGGGUCGAAGAUUCCGGUAAAUAUCUCUGCAUUGUCAACAAUUCCGUCGGCGGCGAAAGCGUGGAGACUGUUUUGACUGUUACGGCACCAUUGAACGCGGAAAUCGAACCGAGUACGCAGACUAUCGAUUUUGGAAGACCCGCGACCUUCACCUGCGCCGUCCAAGGCAAUCCGAUCAAGACCAUUUCCUGGCUUAAGGAUGGAAAGCCCCUUGGAUUGGAGGACCGCGUGCUGAGAAUUGAGAGCGUGAAGAAGGAGGAUAAAGGAAUGUACCAAUGCUUCGUUAGAAAUGAUCAGGAAAGCGCGCAGGCAACGGCAGAAUUAAAACUUGGUGGAAGAUUCGAGCCCCCGCAGAUUCGUCAAGCUUUUACCGAAGAGACUCUUCAGCCUGGACCGAGCAUGUUUUUGAAGUGUGUUGCCAGUGGAAAUCCUACCCCCGAAAUUACCUGGGAACUUGAUGGAAAACGGCUGUCGAACACCGAGAGAUUGCAAGUGGGACAAUACGUCACGGUCAAUGGUGAUGUCGUGUCGCAUCUAAAUAUUUCGAGCAUUCAUACCAAUGACGGUGGACUUUACAAGUGCAUUGCUGCAUCAAAGGUCGGAUCCGCUGAGCAUUCCGCCCGCCUCAACGUUUAUGGUUUGCCGUUCAUUCGCCACAUGGAUAAGAAGGCCAUCGUUGCUGGAGAAACUCUGCGUGUCACCUGUCCCGUUGCUGGAUACCCGAUCGAGAGCAUUGUCUGGGAACGAGACACCAGAGUCCUGCCGAUCAACAGAAAGCAAAAGGUCUUCCCCAAUGGCACACUCAUCAUCGAGAACGUCGAACGAUUGAGUGAUCAAGCGACUUACACCUGCGUAGCACGCAAUGCACAAGGUUACAGCGCACGCGGAACACUAGAAGUACAAGUCAUGGUCGCGCCGCAACUGGCGCCCUUCACCUUCGGUGACGAAGCGGCCAACGCGGGGGAGAUGGCGACCGUUCAGUGCGCCGUGAUAAAAGGCGAUCUGCCGAUCGACAUAAUGUGGUCGUUUAACGGGCGCGCGAUCGGCGCCGCGAAUGGCGCAUUCGACGAGCACAAUUACGACAAUCCCGACAUAGUGAUAAGCAGGAGUAGCAAACGGGCCAGCCAACUGACGAUCGAAUCGGUAGCCGCAAGACACGCGGGCGAGUACUCGUGCACUGCGAGCAACACGGCCGGCACCGCUACCCACUCUUCGAUUCUUUCGGUGAACGUACCUCCUCGUUGGAUUCUGGAGCCCACCGACAAAGCAUUCGCUCAAGGAUCUGACGCACGAGUCGAAUGUAAAGCCGACGGAUUCCCCAAGCCUCAAGUCACAUGGAAGCGUGCUGCUGGGGAUACGCCGGGAGAUUAUACUGACUUGAAACUGAGCAAUCCUGACAUUAGCGUAGAGGAUGGUACUCUCUCCAUUAACAACAUCCAAAAGACGAACGAAGGCUAUUAUCUUUGCGAGGCUGUUAACGGCAUUGGAUCAGGCCUGUCCGCUGUCAUUCUCAUUUCGGUUCAAGCUCCUCCUCAAUUCGAAAUUAAACUGAAAAAUCAAACCGCUCGCCGUGGAGAACCGGCUGUAUUGCAAUGCGAGGCGCAAGGAGAGAAACCAAUUGGCAUUUUGUGGAACAUGAACAACAAGAGGCUGGACACAAAGAGCGAUCCUCGUUACACUAUCCGCGAAGAAAUCUUGGCCAAUGGAGUAUUGUCCGAUCUGAGCAUCAAACGAACCGAAAGGAGUGAUUCCGCCUUGUUCACUUGCGUAGCCACUAAUGCCUUUGGUAGCGAUGACACUAGCAUUAACAUGAUCGUGCAAGAGGUGCCGGAAGUACCAUAUGGUCUCAAGGUGCUGGAUAAAUCAGGACGUUCAGUGCAAUUAUCAUGGGCCGCACCUUACGACGGAAACAGCCCUAUGAAAAAAUACAUCAUCGAGUACAAGAUCAGCAAGGGUUCUUGGGAAGCCGAUAUGGAUAAAGUGUACGUACCAGGCACGCAUCAGAACGUAGCCGGAGUGUACAAUCUGAGACCCGCAACUACAUAUCAUCUGCGAAUCGUCGCUGAGAACGGAAUUGGCUUCUCCGAACCAUCUGACACAGUCACCAUUAUCACUGCCGAGGAAGUACCUAGUGGACCACCAACCUCUGUCAAAGUAGAGGCUCUCGAUCAGCACACACUCAAGGUAACAUGGAAACCGCCUCCGCGCGAGGAUUGGAACGGCGAGAUUCUUGGCUAUUAUGUUGGAUACAGACAAUCAGCGGACAAGCCUUACAUGUUUGAGACUGUUGAAUUCUCCAAGGAAGACACGAAGGAACAUCAUCUGCAAAUCAUGAAUCUCAAGACUUACACGCAAUAUGGAGUGGUCGUUCAGGCGUUCAACAAGAUCGGCUCCGGACCGAUGAGCGAGGAACGCAGGCAGCACACCGCAGAAGGCGUACCCGAGCAACCACCUCAUGACACCACCUGCACGACUCUUACCUCGCAGACUAUCCGAGUGUCCUGGAUGUCGCCACCCUUGAGCGCGGCCAACGGCGUUAUCACCGGCUACAAAGUCAUCUACGGACCGUCUGACACAUGGUACGACGAGAAUACGAAGGACACCAAGAUCACGGCUUCCAGCGAAACUAUCCUACACGGUCUCAAGAAGUACACGAAUUACAGCAUGCAAGUCUUGGCUUUCACUUCUGGUGGAGACGGCGUUAAGUCCGCACCGAUUCACUGCCAAACCGAACAAGAUGCCCCUGAAGCUCCGAUCGCCAUCAAAGCUCUGGUCAUGUCCGCGGAAUCAAUUCUGAUUUCAUGGCGCCCGCCGAGCCAGCCUAACGGAGUUAUUUCUCAAUAUACUGUUUACACAAAAGCCGAUAACGCAGAGGAACCAACUAGCCAGAAAGUACCGCCGAAUCAACUUACUCACGAAGCGUCUGGAUUAGACAAGCAACUCAGAUACGAAUUCUGGGUGACUGCUAGCACAAAUAUCGGCGAAGGUGAAGCUUCUAAGAUCGUAACUCUUGGACCAAGCGCUCGAGUACCGGCCAAGAUCGCGUCGUUUGACGACAAAUUCACUGCAACAUAUAAAGAGGAUGUAAAACUGCCAUGCCUCACCGUUGGCGUACCGGCACCGGAAGUAACAUGGAAAGUACGCGGUGCUAUUCUGCAACCAAGUGACCGAUUAAGACAAUUGCCUGAGGGAUCAUUGUUCAUUAAGGAAGUCGACCGUACAGAUGCUGGCGAAUAUUCUUGCUAUGUAGAGAACAAUUUUGGACAUGAUACCGUGACACAUCAGCUGGUUGUACACGCUCCCCCGCACUCGCCGCAGGUCACCCUCACCGCUACAACCACUAAUACCUUGACGAUGAAAUUGCGCCCGCAUCCUACCGACAAUGCGCCAAUUCACGGUUACACGAUUCAUUACAAACCGGAGUUCGGUGACUGGGAAACCGUUCAAAUUAGUUCCACAGCACAAAAAUAUACCAUCGAAAAUCUGUGGUGCGGCUCCCGAUAUCAGAUCUAUGUCACAGCUUACAACGGAAUUGGAACCGGCGAUCCUUCGGACAUCCUGAAUACGCGCACCAAGGGCUCCAAACCGAUUAUUCCCGAAGCGUCAAGGUUUAUUGAAGUAUCCACGAAUAGCAUCACUCUGCAUUUGAACGCCUGGUCGGACGGUGGUUGUCCCAUGUUGUACUUCGUUGUGGAACACAAGAAGAAACAUCAGCAGGAAUGGAUCCAGGUCUCGAACAACGUCAAGCCGGGCGCUAAUUUCAUAGUAUUAGAUCUCGAUCCCGCGAGCUGGUAUCAUUUGCGCGUUACGGCACACAACAAUGCUGGCUUCGCCGUUGCCGAAUACGAAUUCGCAACUUUGACGGUGACUGGCGGCACGAUCGCACCUCCCGUACGUAACGAUGGUGCUGACAAUGGCCAGAAUAAUGUGAGACAUUACUUCCCGUGGUUGCCCAGCUGGCUCGAUGUAAACGUGGUGGUGCCGGUCGGCGCGACGAUCGUUGUCAUAAUAGUAGGAAUAGUUGUCAUUUGUGUGGCGCUCUCGAGGAGAACUCGAGGUCCAGAACAAACACGGCUGCGAGGUAUCUCUUCAGCCGACGAGAAAUAUUACGAGGGACAAUAUGAUGUAGUCUAUCAGCAAACCGGAGUUGGCGGCGCUACUCUGGACAAACGUAGAUCCGAUCUUCGCGAUGAAUUAGGGUAUAUCGCACCGCCGAAUCGCAAACUACCACCGGUACCCGGCUCCAAUUACAACACCUGCGAUCGUAUCAAGCGAGGUACAGUUAUAAGUGGAACUGGCUCGGUAAGGAGUCACUCGACGUGGGAUCCGAGGCGGCACAUGUAUGAGGAAUUGAAUCACUACGUUCCCAGAAGAUGCCCACCGCCACCACGUAUAGGCAGCGCAGACGGUCUUUCACACAGAGGUAUGGAGGAUGAGAUCUGCCCGUACGCUACUUUCCAUCUGUUGGGAUUCCGCGAGGAAAUGGACCCGAGCAAGGCUAUGCAAUUCCAGACCUUCCCUCACCCAGGAAACGGCCACUCUGGCACCAUGGGACCACCUGUAGGGCAUCCGACUAACGCUUCCGCUCAUAGCCGCUCUGGAUCUCAAUCUAUGCCGCGUCAAAACGGCCGCUAUUCUCGAGUACCAUCCCAAGGUGGUGGCAGCGGCACCCAUAACGUCUUCUCACCUGAAUACGACGACCCGGCUAAUUGCGCUCCCGAGGAAGACCAGUACGGAUCACAGUACGGACAGUACGGCGCACCUUACGAUCAUUAUGGCUCCCGCGGAUCUGUCGGACGUCGCAGUGUAGGCUCAGCUCGUAACAUUCCUGUAUCCGGCUCACCGGAACCGCCACCGCCGCCACCGCGAAACCAUCAGGAUCAGAAUAAUUCCAGCUUCAACGACAGCAAGGAGAGCAACGAGAUCAGCGAGGCCGAAUGCGACCGCGAUCAGCUUGUCAACCGCAACUACGGCGUGAAUGCUCGCAACAAGGACGGCAUGACCACCGAGGAGAUGCGUAAACUCAUAGAGAGGAAGCCAAACGAAGCUCCCGGCCGGCAAACCGGCAGCCCCCACGGCGGUCACGGGGGACUCUUCACACCCUACGAUACUGUGGCAGUGUAACCUGUAAAUCAUCAUCUUCCGUGAUCUUCCGCCUCUCUCGAUAGCCGGCGGCCGCGAGACAAGCAGCCGAGAGACGCGGAAAUGAAGCGCACGCUAACUCUUCCCCCGGUGCUGUCGUCGGUCCAAUUUGCAACGAUUUACGAUAGAAAUUAGACGUCGUCGCGAGUAGGUAGAUUCGAUUACCGUAUAAGAUGUACGUGCGUUGAUAUCAUCUCGAGAUCGUGAUUACGGAUGAAGUUCCGCGGCCGGCCUCGCGGAAUGAGAUCGCUUCUUUCGCUCUUCGACCACGCUCUCUUUCCCCUCUCUUUCUCUCUCCGGCCUUCCGCCUUUUCCUUGUACUUCCUCGAGUACAUUCGUUUAUAUAUUUGAUCCUGGGGGAAGGCCAAGCUCCAAAACUGCCUUGUUUUUUGAUACACUUUUUCAGACCGGCUCAAUCGAUUGCUCACAUUUAGGGAGGCCAAACUCAAGACUGUCUUUAUCUACUGCCCUUUCGCGAAGGAGGCACAGCGAUUCGCGAGGUCAGCCACGCUUCGUUCGUAAGUCUUGCGAGUCCUAGAACUCCUCGCACACGUUCAAUUACGUAUAGCGUAAAAUUUUUUAUACCGAUUAAAAAACAACGGGAGAAGAUUUGCGUUUUUGAUACGAGUCUUCCUUUAUCACACACACGAUGUUAUUCGAAGUUAUUUAAUUAAUCAUUUUCGCACGACAAUGAAUAUUUCGAUUACGAAAGAGGCGAUUUGGACUUUCUCGUCGAACGUGUAGACGGAGUUCCAGGCUCGCGAUUGCCGUGAGAGGCUGUCCUGUAGGAAGGCGAACACAUUCGGAUGUCGUGUUCGCGGACGCUGUAUCGCGGUGAGGACGCGGCCCGCGAUGGUGCUCUCGGCGACGGUGGAUUUAACGGGGGUCUUCUAAUAUAUUACCGGGGUAUAAUCCUAGGUUACAAUCGUCGCAGGAGUUGCGUAAUGGGGAAAAAGAUAUGGAUACGUAUAUAAACGAAAUAUACGAAAUAUAUACACGUACACACAUGAGAUUAGUUGGUCGCUUUUUAAGUCAUGGUUGUGCCACACUGCCGCUCCCCGCGGGCGUACGAUAUAUACAUACAUACGUACAUAUACUAUAUACAUAUACUGUACGAUUUAUAAUUUCGUAACGAAGGUUGUGUCCCUUACCCCCUUGACGAUCGGCGAUCUUGAGUCUCGACGUCGCGGAGAGCAAUAGGGUACGUCGUCGCUUUUCGUCUUUCGUCGUCGUCCUUUUAGCAAUCCGUUUAGGCGAUCGAUCCGAGACACAUCCCUCAUCAUUCCUACUCGAGGGGAAAAGUCCCGUACACAGAAUGCCGAUCGACUGUCCGUAGGAAGAACAACGCGGCGAGCCAUCGAGGGAACGCUUCGGUAUAUAUAACACGGCAGGCCAGCCACAUAACAUUUACAAUUACAUUAUCGCCACGCGUGCCGGCGCGUGCACGCAAUACACGCCACACUACACUUGCUGUCGUCCUAUAUUAUAUGAAAAAAAAAAAAAUAUUUAGUCCGCUGUAAACACGUAAUUAUUCCCCCCGUGCUAAUCUUCUUCGAUCGAUUACGACGUACCGAUAAGAUUCAUUGAUAUUGCGACGAUGAUCGUUACAAAUAUAAGCGAUUCGAGUAAUAAAAGCUGGUUUAACGUAGAUAGCUUGUAAGUCGGACGGAUGGUCGCGAGAAGGCGUCGGCUGCAUCCUUGCGGCGAGGCGAGAAGUCGGGACGGUUAAUGGAUCGUUUUCUCAAAUGCGAAUCGAAGAGAAUCGUCCACGAUCGGACGAUCGUUCUUCGCCGGUUCGACGAACGUACGAAGCCGGUGUCGCCCGCGCUUCUUCUUCGUGUGUGCACAGUCCCGACAUCGCGCGACGCCGCGGUCACGGCGCCGCGUCUCAUAGUUCGUUUUUAUCACGAUACUAUUUCUAGAUAUACAUAUAAAGAUAAAUAUAAAUAUAUAUUAUAUAUAACACUAACUAUAUACUAUAUAUACAUACGUUGUAAGUAGCUAUUUCUAGGUGUCGCAUUUGUUUGCCGAGGCGAUGCACGAGCCGGUUUCCGGUUUUGGGCGACCAGGCGAGGAAGCAUCCUCGAGAAAUGCCAGUCAAGGCGAGUUGUUGCAUUUUUAAUUAGUUUUGUACAUUUGAUAUGCUAGAUACUAUCGAGUGCAUUAUAACAUUUUCGUCGUAAUAUUUUGGGGAACGAUGCGCGAAUUCGACUACUUUUUGCACCUUGAAAACGGUUUUUUUUAUGUCACCACUAUUUUAAUUUAUCUAAUUUAUUUGGGUUUAUUUAAUUAUCGUUUAGAA